CCGCCUCCUGGCACGUCGACGGCGGCCCGUGAGGGUCAGUGCGCGGCCAGCGAUUCCGCCGGGCGAACUGCUGGCUGGUGGUGCCGAGGUCUAUGUGCCUGAGCCCAGCCUGCGGGGCGGCGUGACCCCGGCGGCGCCCGGACUCGGCUCGCGUCGCCCUUUCUCCCUUCGGAGCGGACGGAGAGGAGCCCGCGGGAUGGCGGCGCCGACCAUGAAGGAGCGGCAGGUCUGCUGGGGCGCCCGGGACGAGUUCUGGAGGUGCCUGGACGAGCACGCGGACGACGCCUCCCGGUGCCAGGCGCUGCGACGCUCCUUCGAGGCGAGCUGCCCGCAGCAGUGGAUAAAAUAUUUUGACAAAAGAAGAGACUACUUAAAAUUUAAAGAGAAAUUUGAAGCAGGACAGUUCCAGCCUCCAAACACCUCUGCCAAGUCCUAGGCUGCCCUGGCCUCUCCGAAAGGUAGACUCUUCUUUCUGGACAUUUCCCAGUGCCCCACGGACUGUGAGAGCUGGUAGACAUCAGUGCUUCUGCAUAUGUGACUUAAUAAUGAAAGUGGUCAGACAGUGGAGAAUUGAAAGAGUGGUAUGAAAUAUGCUGUUUUAAUUUAGUAAGAAAUCUAUAUUAAGAAGAAAAUUAAAGCCUAUUUUAAAAAUA